UAGGCCCAGUAGAGCACUUUCGCGUUAGGGUUUCUCCCAUCCCUCGAUUCUUAUACCCUGCUUCUUCAUCGAUCGAGCGAGGGAUACUCGGAGCAGCCGAACGAACUCGCAGUCGCCGCUUCUCCUCCUCCUCCGCGACGUCGACGAUGGUCACUUUCAGGUUUCACCAGUACCAGGUGGUGGGGAGAGCUCUGCCGACCGAAUCGGAUGAGCAUCCGAAGAUCUACAGGAUGAAGCUCUGGGCCACUAAUGAAGUCCGUGCCAAAUCGAAGUUCUGGUACUUCUUGAGGAAGCUUAAGAAGGUUAAGAAAAGCAAUGGACAGGUUCUAGCCAUCAACGAGAUAUUUGAGAAGAAUCCCACAAAGAUCAACAAUUAUGGUAUCUGGCUUCGAUAUCAGAGUCGUACUGGGUACCAUAACAUGUAUAAGGAGUACCGGGACACAACUCUGAAUGGGGCAGUGGAGCAAAUGUACACUGAAAUGGCAUCUCGCCACAGAGUGAGGUUUCCUUGCAUCCAAAUCAUUAAGACAGCUACUGUUCCAGCAAAGUUGUGCAAGAGAGAGAGCACCAAGCAGUUCCACAACUCCAAGAUCAAAUUUCCCUUGGUGUUCAAGAAGGUUAGGCCUCCAACGAGGAAGCUGAAGACCACCUACAAGGCCUCCAGGCCCAACCUAUUUAUGUAACUCUUUCAUCUCGUACUGAGCCUUUUAAAGCUAUGCAGUUAGCUGGCAUUGAUUUCUGAAGGAGCUAGAUAAGAUAUUGUGGUUUUUGACUAAUGGGUGACGUUCUGUAUCCACCAAAUUUUGGGUAUUGUUUGGCAAUUGUAUCGACUCUGCAGACAUCUUCCCAUAGUUACCUUCAAGUGAAAUUUUCAUGUCAA